UUAUCUCAUACAUGUACCGCAAAACCAUCCUUAACUCCAAAUAUUCUACUCCUUGUCGAUCUUCUCUGUUCAUUCUAUCUAUUUAUUAUAAUGGGUGUCAUCACUUUGGAAAAUGAAUUCCUCGUUGCUGUGUCUCCAGCCAAGCUUUUCAAGGCAUAUUGCCUUGACACCGACGCUCUUAUGCCUAAAAUUCUACCAGAAUAUAUUAAGAGCUCUGUGAUAAUUGAAGGAAAUGGAGGACCAGGAACUGUCAGGAAGAUUACUUUUGUUGAAGGAAAAGGGCUCAAUUAUGUGAAGCAAAAGAUUGAAGCAAUCGACGAAGAGAACUUCACCUAUAGCUUCAGCGUGAUUGAAGCUGAUGUGUGGAAGUUCGCCGAAGUUGAGAAAGUUAUUUACGAGAACAAGUUUGUGCCUACUCCUGAAGGAGGAUCCGUCUGCAAGAGAACCAGCACAUAUCACAUCAAAGGUGAUGGUGAGAUCAACAAAGAUAAAAUCAAGGACGUUUAUGGCAAGAAGACAGAGGCCUUGUUCAAGGUCGUUGAAGCUUACUUCUUGGCAAAUCCUGAUGCCUGAAUCUGAAAAUUUCUAGUUUUUUUGUAUUAUUAUUUGUGUGAGAUAAUACAGGCGUGUAUUCGGUCGCGUGCAUUCGGUCUGGCUUUCAUGUUUUGCCUUACAAUAUUUUGUGCUUGGGGUUUUGGUCAUACGGUUACUUGUAUUGUUUUGAAAAGAGUAAAAGUUGCAUAAUAAAAAUUGUGUUUUGAUU